CUCUCCCUCUCUCUUUAUCUGUUUGCCUCUGUCUUAGACUAAGGAGUGAGAGAAGGGGGAGUCCCAUUGGCAUUCUUUAACAUCUCUGUAGCUCACUUGUGUUCAGAGAGCCAUCUGUAGAUCAGGAAGACAAAAAAGACGCUCCUGAGCCUUGGCGUCACUCAACAGGACUGUUGAAGGUCAGGUGUCAGUGGUGAAAUGGACUUCUUGUCAGCAUGGAUUGUGUCUCCUUCAGCUCUACCCUUUCUCUGUCUCAUCUGGGGCGCACAGGCCCAGCAGGCCUUCAGGUCUCAGCCCAGGAACGUUACGGUGCGGAUGGGAGCCACAGCUGUGUUGAGGUGUGAGGUUCUUCGGGCCUCAGGGACUGUGCAGUGGGCAAAAAAUGGCCUCCUCCUGGGACCGGAGAGGAGCCUGCCAGGCUUUCCACGCUACAGCAUGAUUGGAAAUCCCAAGAGAGGGCAGUAUCAUCUUCAGAUUGAAAAUGCCCAACUGGAUGAUGACACCCUCUAUGAAUGUCAAGCGGGUCCGUCUGAGAGCAGUGCAGCAAUUGUUUCCUAUGGCGCUUGGGUCACCGUGCUAAUUCCUCCAUCCAAGCCAUUCGUCGAGAUGGACCUGGAAACACCUUGGGUGGCAGGGAAAAAGUACACCGUGACGUGCGUCGCCCCUGACGCAAAGCCCAUGGCGGAAAUCACACUUUAUAAAGAUGGAGUCGAGCUGACAGGUGCAGAGUCUUUCACCAUGUCUGGCUCAAAGGAUAAGCUUCUGAACACGCACGCCGAAGUAACGGUCACCGCUGUGAGCUCUGACAACGGGAGGCAGUUGGCGUGUCGUGCCAAGAACUCCGCCCUUUUCCAGCCUGUAGAGACCAGAGUGACCAUGAGCGUGUACUUCCCGCCUCUGCCUCCAGUUAUUAUGGGUCUGGAGAGAGAGGAAGUCAAAGCGGGGAGGAUGCUCGUGUUGCAGUGCGUGUCUCAUAGUGGAAACCCCCUAGCCACUCUCCACUGGACCAAGGACGGAGAAGUUCUGUCCACAACUUGGGAAGAGGAUGAUGCGGCGCAGAAGUCCAGCAGCAUCCUCAGACUAAAGAUCACCCCUGCUGACAACCAGGCAGUGCUGUGCUGUGAAAGCAUCAAUCUGGUGUCCCUAUCUCCUCUGUCUGUCAGCCGCAAAAUAACUGUGCUCUUCGAGCCGGAAGAGCUGACGCUGUUGGGUUCGUUAGUGGCCGUCGAGGGGCAGGAGUUGGAACUGAGCUGCUACGCCUCCUCCAGCAAUCCCCCCGUCGACAUCCGCUGGUGGCUCGGCUACAAGGAGCUCAACGGCACUGUUGUCACCAUGGAAGAGGGAGCCAAUGGGGGGAUGACAACCAUGUCCAACAUGACCCACCGGGUCUCCCGGGAGGAGGAUGGGUUGAAGCUCACCUGCGAGGCUUUUAACAAGGGGACGCACUUCUCCAAAACCGAAAUCGCUCAACUCAGUGUGUACUAUCCUCCUCAAAAAGUAUGGCUUGACGCUCCGCCUCAAGACGUCCCCCUCCGUUCGGGGACCACGGUCCGUCUGGUCUGUUUCUCCACUGGAGGGAAUCCCACUGGGACUCUGACGUGGUUCAAGAAUGGGCGGCCAGUGCCUGAUGCGCUGAAGCAGACGUCCUUUGAUAUGGGUGUAGCUCGUGAACUUGUCCUGGUCCUGACAGCAAGCGACAACAUGGCUGCAUACCGCUGCGAUUCCACAAAUAAAGCAAAAAAGACCAUCUCUGCACACACUAAGCUCAUGGUUCACUUUACAGCAGUAAGCAUGAAAAUCACAACCAAACAGGAGGUGCUUCGGCGGGGCGAAGUGUUAAGCCUGGACUGCCUAUCUGGGAGCAGUAACCCCAAGGCCAGCAUUUCCUGGAGCAUGGGCCCAUACAGGUUCCAGGGAGUCGAGCAGGCGCCCAAGAGAGCUCAGUUUGGUGGUGUUUCAGUGCUCAGUUCUCUAUCGCUGAAUCUGAGUUCACAGCAUCACAACCAGAAGGUCAUUUGCCAGGCCUACAGCCCCGUGUUGGCAGAAGGGGCCAACACAUUCUUCCAGCUCAAUGUGCUUUACCCACCAGAGUUCAGCCCAGACCAGCCAGCAGAGGUCCAGGUGGUGGAGGAUGACAUGGCAACCAUCCCACUGCUGGUCUCCGCUAACCCAGAAGAGGUCUCCUGCAUUUGGCUGCACCGCAGGGAGAAGCUGGUCAAAGAGGGGGAUUUGCGCUACCACUGGUCAGACGACUACUCGCUGGAGAUCAAGAACGUGACGAGGAAAGAUGCCGGAGUUUACACUGUUGAGUGUGCAAAUGAAGAAGGUGGCAACCAAACCUCAAUCAGACUGGAUGUUCAGUAUGCUCCCAGUGUCAAAGCAGAGAAAGACCCUGUGCUUGUGAACCUGGGGGAAACUGCAGACCUGAUAUGUGUGGCGGAUGCCAACCCCAUUAUAUCUGGCAUGUUCUCCUGGAAAUGGCUGGGAGAAGGGGAGGUGGAGCUGGAAGAGGAGACCCAGGAAGAUGAAUCAGGCCUUCUGACCAUCCGUGAUGUGACUCGGGCUCACGCUGGUCUUUACCGGUGCACGGCGAAUAAUGGCAUCGCACUCCCUGCCAGUGUGGAUGUGCGACUGGUGGUGCAGUUUAAACCUCAGCUCCAGAAAGGACCGCAAUGGAGGAAGGUUGCAAGUAGAGGGGAUGGCACUACCACAGCCGAGGUCGUGUGUCAGGCGGAGGGCAGUCCUCGUGUCAACUUCUCUUGGGAAAAAAAUGGUGUACGCUUAGAUUUUGCAAACCCCAGGUAUGAGGAGCGGACGGUGAGGGAGGGCUCCUUCCACACCAGCACAGUUCGAGUGGUAAAUGUGAGCGCACUCCUGGACUACGCUGUCUUCACAUGCACUGCUCGCAACUCGCUCGGGGAAGACGAGCUCGACAUCCAGCUCGUCAGCACAAAUCACCCAGAUCCUCCUUCAUCGUUCCGCCAAGUCGGCCUUACCCACGACUCUGUCACGCUGGAGUGGAUCCCCGGCUUCAAUGGAGGUUUGCAGCAAAGAUUCCGCAUAAGAUACCGUUGGGACCAGUCAAUCAGUUCACUGUACAUGGACGUCUUUCCUCCCAGUGCAACCACCUUCACCGUCACCGGUCUGCAGCCUGUCACCACCUACAACUUCUCUGUCAAUGCCCUCAAUGCAAUCGGAGAGAGUGGCUAUGCUGACAACAAUGCAGUACUGACCAUCACCACCAAGGAGAAGCCAGAGCCAGAAGGAGUCCCAUCAGAUGAAGAUUCAGUCGCACAGAACGCAGGUGGGCUGCCGGCAUAUCUCACGGCAGUGCUCACAGUGGUGUUCGGAGUCGUGCUGGUGCUGAAUUCGCUGGGCUGCUUCUUUGGACUGAGGUGGAAAAAGAGGCGAGGUCAGACAGCAGGGGAUAGAGAGGGCAGUGUACUGGAUGGAAAGAAGAAUGAAGAGGAGGGGUCAAGUCAGUCAACUGGAAGAAACUCUAACAAGUAUGAGAGCAGAGAAAAGAUCAACACUGCAGCCCAGCGCACCCUCCUCAUUGACUCGGGAUCUGAAACAGACAGCAAUGCCUACGAGAGCUAUGCGGUGGAAAGCUCCCAUUAUUAUCAUCCUACUGGUGACUACAUGCCGCCUCUCAGUCCACAUUAUGAGGAAACACAUGGGCUUGUUGCCAACCAACCUGUGGACUCUCAAAGCCAUUUGUAUGAAGAUGUAAGAGAUGGUGGUCUGUACCAGGACAUACCGGCUUUUCUGCCUCAACAAAGGAACGACUGGAGACCACCAACCUACCCUCAGCAGGGCACUGAGAGAUUGAGGCACUUCAUGGAUGUUCAACAGCCACAGAGAGAUUCUGAUCUUCCCUUUGAACUACGAGGAGAGUUAGUUUAGAACAAGAGGAAAAGGUUAAAUGCAUGAACUAUGGAUCAACAUCAGUCAUUAAGUAGAGACUUGUGUAGCAGAUAUUCAGCACAGUGUGUUUUUUUUCUCUUAAUUUCUUUUCAUACGGUAUCUCUCACCUUGCAUGAACCUGUCAAGAGCUGAACUGAACAGGAAUGCCUGAUGUAAACUGCCAUAUAAAGUAGCAUUCCACCUUUCAAGUGCCUUCACCGAGUAUAUUGUGAUCAUUUAACAUCAUUUUCUUCAAAGGAUUGAGUUAACCUAGUGUACAGCAUCGUAUGACAACCUGAGCAAGAUGAACAGAAGGAAGAGUGGCAGAUUGAUUUGAAAAAAAUGUAGAAAAUUUGUACGCCUCAGUGACCUUGUGCAAUCAGGAAUGUCGUAAUGAUGCUAUGCUGCGUGGCUUUUCUUUUAAUACACUUCUGCAUCUUGUAUUUUAUGCCACCAGCUUAUUUUCUUCUGCAUCUCCUAUCAUCUCUUACCUUUACCCUCUUUCUUGGAGCCACGGUUCCCUUUGCUUUGGCCUGCAGGGAGACAUGUAUCAGUCACUUAAAGACAAAAAUGGACUGACAUCUCUGCGGUUUGCACUGGGGCCUAAGCGGCACAAACUCACAAUGCCACCCAAGCAAAUAUCCUCCUUCUGAGCCACCCGACAUCAGCAUUUUCUAUCAUGUAACUAGAUGAGAACCCGACGACAGUGGCCAGUCCCUCCCCCCGUCGGCCACAAAGAGUUUUCAGAUCUUGCAGUUAGUCUGUGGGAAUCCCUACAAUGGGAUCAUGCUGAGUGGUAUUUAGCACAGUAAUGUCUUCAGGAGGUAAAGCCAUAUCUAGGGCCAGACUCUAAUCCUGUUUUCUCUCGGAUUGAAGUUCAGCUCACAACAUCAGUGGCAGAGAGAAACUAUGCGGGGAAUUUGUCUCACUGAGAGUGGGCAGUCAGAGCGAGAUAGAGACCAGCAGUAGAGAGGGUUAGGCUAAGCCCUGACUGUGGCCACCGCUACAAAAAAAAACUUUUCUUCUCUACUUCAACGAAAAGCAGUUUACUGUAGGCGUUUACUAACACCCUGUACAUUUUUUUAUUUGUAGGGCAUUUUUUAAGACCAAAAUUUGCUUUCCACUAAACAACAAAUCAAGAAAUUGUGAAAAUUACAUACAAAAUCGGAUAAAAUCACAUACUAAAGUGGAAAGAACUAGUCAUAAUAAUGUAAGUUAAAGAAUUAAAAUGUUCUACAGUUGUGCUACCAGCUAUGUGAAGCUGCACUUGCACUUGCUUUGAGCCACAUUCUUAGAUCAACACACAAUUAUUCUCGCAGUGACAAUGCUAACAUGCUGAUAUUUAGCAUGUGUAGUGUUUACCCAGCUCAACAUCUUAGUUUAGCCCGAAAGGAAGCUAAUAUUUGCUAAUUAGCACUAAACACAAAGUGCAGCUGAAGCUGGAGAUUUCUUACAUUUGUCUUUCAUGACCUUGAUAAUGAGUUGUUGGCUUGUUGAUGGUGCUAAAUGAAAACUCAGUGUGACAUUCACAGAAUAAUGCCUCCGCCUAAAAGAGACUGAAGAAAAAAAACGCAGAUAUUCUUUAUGAUAGAAGAUGUUGCUGACUCAAAUAGUCUUAUUCAGGCAGGUCAGUUCAGAGCAUCAAGACCUUGAGAAAACAUAGUGAAAAAAAUGUAAAUGCAGUAUUUCAUGUCUAAAAUUCCAUCAGUUCUUUACAACACAGGGGAGUAAGUGCUUGCGCUCCCAAAACAUAGCAUCUCCACAACAGAAAGAAUGUCCAAGUACGCACUGUAACAAAAACUAUAAUGGGCAGAUGGAAAUGGGGUCAUACACCUGACCAAAUUUAUUAUAUAAUAUCACACUUUUGAGACAUACGGAGUCGAUUAAGUUGUUGAUGCGGUUUGUGGAAUGUUCCUGAAGGGUUCGCUGAGAUUGAUAGACAUUUUGGUGGACAAGAUCACGUUGUCAGGUGCAUUGAUUAAGAGAUGUUGGAUGGGUGGCAUGUCUGGGGAGCUCACAGCCGAGGUAGGACUGGAACAUUUUCUGUAUAAGGACGAUGCGUAUUUUGGCAACAUUAUGAUGAGUGCUGUCUUGUUGGAUUGCGAAGUGAUGGUGGAAAAUGAAUGGUAUAGCCAUGGACGUGAGGGUUUCAUUUCAGUAUCGUUCUGUAUUGACAUUGCAGUCCAUGAAAUAACGACAUAUCAAUGCCGAUGUCCGCACAACUAAAGGUGACAUCUGCUGCUUGCAGUGAAUCCUCAUCUUUGUAUAGUCCAUUGAACAUGAGUGUUUGCCUACUGAAGAUGGUUGCAAUACUAUUCGGCCAUCGUCAAUGCGAUAUUUCUGUCAAUACGAUAUUUUACCGCAUUGUUUAUCUCAGCAAAGUCCAAUUUAAUUUUGUUUAUCCUAUUUUAACCACCUUAUGACUGCUGAUACUAUUGUAUAGUUGUUGCUGCCGUUAUGUGUUCAACUGCUCUGUGCCUUUGAACUGAAUUGGAUUAAGGUCUUGGUGUGGGCAACAAGAUCGCAAAUCAGCUGCCCUCAGGCGAGACUUACAGUUUGAGCACACAAUUUCUCAUUGUUAAUACCAUCAAUGCUUACAAUUUCAUAGCUGGACAAACCGGAGGGCAUAGAUGGUGUCAUGUGGUCUUCGGUCAUCUGGUAUAUUGUCUGGUUUAAUGAACCCCACAUGAAAUACCAGAAUCCUAUUCUCGUCUUUCUCUUGUAACCUGUACUAUCGUGUCAUUGGAAUAUUACUGCACUUUACGGCAAUAACUGAGUUGUUAUUAUUGUUGGAUCCAAGGUUGCAGAUUAACUGAAUCGUCAAGAAUUUUUCCCGAUCUGAACAGCUCAUAAACCUUCACAAUUUUUCUGAAAGCUUUUGUAACUACAACAAAAAUGUGAUUUCUAACUUUUUCUCCAAGUCAGAUUAGAAGGCCAUUUGGAUGCGGUGUUUAGAAUUUGUAGAAUUUUUGUUCAUUCUGACUGGCGUAUAAUUAUUUCUGUGCAUUAAUCUGAAGAUCGGUGCCGUCACCGGCAUGCCACCUUUAGAACACACGGAGCACAAAUCAGAUGCUUUCCUGCUACAGAGUUUUUGUGCUCUGGGUAUUUGUGUAACUUCAUCUUUUAGUGUUUACUGAGAAGAGAUCAGAAACUUCCUCAAAGUUUCCAUGGCGCUUUUAGGUUCUGCUGCCUUGUAGUAUACGCAAAUACACUGGGCUCCUACUAAGUCUGUACACAGAGCUGUUACGCAUACCGUCUGUUUCCGCUUCCAGCUUCUCCUUUUUCCUCAAGUACGAUUCUUCACAUCAGUGUCGCACAUAUAUAUCACAGACAUCACAUACAAAGCAGAGCAAGAAAAUAGGCUCCAAUCUGAAUUCGCUUUUCUUCGACAGAAAUGUCCCCUUUUCCUUUUCUAUGAUUAAGAGGUUGUGUCCUGCUGUUAUUACUUUAGUAAUGCCCAAUGCAUUAUUUCUAUGGAAAUAUUUACUUACAUGCAAGAUGUGAGGUGAUGUUUAGAUCCUGGAGAGGUUAUUAAUGUCCACACAUUUGUCAAACCUGCAAAAUUGUGUUUCCUCAGUAGGGCCUGACUGCCUGGAGAUAAAUCUGAACGUUUCGCUGAGCUGUGUUCCCUCAGUUAGGCUUUCUAUUUUCCAUCAUGAGCUGUCAAGGUAUGUUUGUCUCAUUACUGAACAAUUGUUUAAGUUCCUGUCUAGCUGACUGCUGUUUUCAUACCAAAGCCUGUUCAUAAUGCAUCAUUUCAGCUCAGGCAGGAGCGGUAAUCUGCUAAACUGAAGGCUUGACAGCUCAAUACUGUAUGUCAACUCCUAUUUUUCCUCUCUUGCCUCAUGAACAUUUUGAUAUGUUGUUUUCAGAAGAAUCUCAAGGGAGCGCAAACAGACAGGCUGCAUGAGUGCACAAUUAAGUCAAAAGAGAAACAAAUAAGACACUUUAAUUACCUCAUCUCUAGGAGUGCUUUCACAGCCUCCUUACCCCUUUCCAGAAUGCCUUUGAGAAAAAAAAUUACGAUUGAAUAAUGGUUCGAUAAUACUCCUUCAUCACUUGAACAGGUUGUAAUACCAGCAGGAGGGUUGCUCAAAUUUACCCCAAAUUUGUGCAAACUCUGUUGUUGCUCUCGUUAUUCAGAAUUUUCAAUUUGAGCUAAAUAGAAAUCAAAUCAAAAGCAACCGCAGGUUUUACAAAUUAGAACAUGAUUUUACGGGCAAUUAUUAUGACUCGCUUUGUGGCUCCUCGCUCCUGUUGUUAGUAAUGAGGAUUCGAUUUGCUCCUCAAUGUGGAUGAAAGAAUAUAACUGAACAAACACAACAGUAGCUCAUGAAAGAUGAAGUAGAAACACAAUGAAUUGUUAAUGCUGAUAAAGGCUGAAGUGAGAGAGCAGUGGCCAAAGCGUACACACAGUACUGCACAGAAGUCAAAGUGAAACCUAACUGCAAAAAAAUGGAUGUACUUAUAGAGACUGACGUGAGAAGAACAGCCACAGAAACUUUAGUUGGGGGUUUUUGCUAUUAUUGAAACACUGCAGUCUUACAGCGACUGUCUUCUUUUAAGGUUAUUUAUCCUUUACUUAGAAAAGAAAUUCAGACAAGCACUGUUCACCUGGUGUUUGUGUACAAUGGUAUACAAUUAUCAAAAGAAAAAAUGCCUUUCUUUCUUUUAAAGUCCUUAUUAUACAGCCCAUCCUCACAAACAAAGAAAAAAAGUGUAAUAGCAUGUUGAUCAAUAGUGGAAAACAUACUAGUUUCCUGAAUAAGGCUGUAAAAUUAGAGAUUCUCAGGGGUUUUUCUUGAGGCUGGUCUCAUCACUCUAACAGUGAAGAUACUAGACUAAAAGGGCAAUUAAGAUACUUUUUUUUUUUGGUACAAUUUCACAUUCACAUAUCACACAUUUUUGACAAUGACAGACACUAUUAUAUUUGUAUGUGCAUUUAUCUGCAUGUAAAUGCACUAAAAAGUGUUUGUUGGGGUAAAUAAAAUGCAAAGAAUUACAUUUUUGUAAGUUAAAAUGGUUAAAUAUAUGGGGAAAUGUGGCAAAUUACUGAAGAUGUGGAGCUGUUAUUGGUCUUUCACAGUAUAACUUGUGGGGGGACCGUAUAUUGUGAUGACAAAUAAAUGUGGGCGGGAAUUAUGGCCGGAAAACUUAAUCGAACUGAGUUAACAGUUUGUUAAUGUUUUCUAUCUGACAGACUUUGAUGCAAUGUCUGUUGAGAACAGAACACAAUGUAAAUGUUAACAGUUUCUUCAGAAAACCAACAUUGAAAUGUGACCGAAGUUGAUCCUGAAGUGACUCAAACGCUGCGAACAAAGACUGUCCUCAGCGACCGUGGAUGAAUCGCGAGCUUUGUCUGCUGUAACAGUUUAAGUUUGUACUUCUCGGUUUGGUAAUGAAGUUGCGUCACAAUCGCAGCCUCAGUUCUUAAAGCCUUGAAGGAAAAGCUAAAAAAAAAACAUUCUGUGAUAAAAAAGCAUUUAUUCAAGAGCUUAGCAAUGGCAAUUUCUUAUAUCUUCGGUUCAUUGUGAUUGAUGAUGGUAAUGUAUAAUGAAGUUAGGUGUGCUUUAACUUUGACUCUGACCUUUUAAUGGGGUUUUGUAUAAACUCUAUUUGUAAGAAAACCUCUCACAAAAUACAGAAAAUUCAAAUUGUACACAGCAUUGCUUCUUUUGCUUUUGAAAAGGUUGGUAUUUAAAGUGAAUAAUAGAUUGCACUGGAGAGUCGCACAUAUUUUAUAACACUCUGUGUGUUCAAGGAAGAAUAUUUAAUAAAAGUCUGCACCAAUAACAGGAAGCCAUAUAAUUGAAAUUUCCCCCUGUGUGCUGCACAUCCGAGUGAAUGUAAACACAGCAAGAAUCUCUCAUUACAAGGUCAUUCAUUUUUGUUUGUGAGUCUGCAACAGGGACACAGAUGACAGAUGGAGCUGAAUGCCGAAGAAACAUGUGUAAACGUGGGGGAAGAUGGAAAAGGGAGGAGGAGAAGCCAUCGUCCUGAGAGAUGGCAGACAGAGAUCUCAGCGAAGAAAGAGUGAACGACUGGAGGAAGAAGAAGGAGGAGGCCAUGUCAUGAGGAAGAGUGGGCGAGAGAGAGAAGGAAAGACUGAAACAGAGUUCAGGCAACUGGAUGAGGAAGUACUGGUGGUGAGCACAUGGGUGUGGUUGGUUAGCAGUUUCUUCAUCAGCCUUUCAGCAGUGACACGCCGAGCAGAGGAUUGUGGAUGAUGAGGCUGUGGAUAAAUCCCUGGACUCGGGCACCUCGCAGGAUGGAUACUAAGAUCUAUUUGACCUCCUUCUUUUUCCUGUUUGUUAUGGUAAAAGUGUCAAGAGCUGAGGCUAAAACAACCGUAGUUCAAAACGGUUCUGAGAGCACCAGCGUGGCCACUCCGGUUUUCAAUGGCGAGGAUUCUAACAGGCCAAUCACCAGAGGGGCUGACUCCUCUCCGGAACCCUUCCCUGCAGCUGAACAACCCACAAAACAGAACAUUAACAGCUCAGACAAGACUACAUCAGAAGUCAAGACUCCAGCAGCUCCCAGUGCGGGGACAACAAAACCAAAACCAAAUCUCACAUCCAUUCCAGCAUCCAAGGUGACAUCCUCCCCGUCUACAACUAAGAAAAUCACCGAACACAAGACCAAUCAAUCUACUGCCUGGGAUAAGCAAUGGGACCAAGGUUUCACCUAUGAUUACGAGUCCCUUCGAUAUGCCGGACUGAUCAUCGCUGCAGUGCUCUUCGUCAUGGGCAUAAUGGUCAUUAGCUGUGGUAAGGUCUGCAGGCUGCCCAGGUGUCAAAAGAAGCCCCCAAAAUCAUAUAGAGAGGUCCAAGGAUAAGGCGACAAAAGCACCAGCGCCAAGGAGUCCAUCAAGAGAAGAAAAAGGAAACCACUCAACACCUGGCAGCGUGUGUGUGUGCAUGUUGACUGACAGGCCGUACGCUGCUUAGCAACUGUGUCAUAGAAAAACAAUAAAGAAACACUGAAAACAUGAUUCAUUCUGACAAGUAAGGGGAAAAAAAGGGAAAAAAAAGUGGAACAUCACCUGUUUAAAUCAAAUGUUAUUUCUAUAGUUUGCAAACCUGCAUGAAAAGUGAUUAUUUAUCUUGGCAAAUAAUGAAGAGAUGAUUCAUAUUUUAAUCACACCUUCAGCCAUGAAGCAGGCUAGCUCCUAAUGACCUUUGUAUCUUGUAACUGAUAACACGGCUGCAGGCAGAGUCUCACAGCUAGGAUUAUUAUUAAAGGUUAUGAGGAAUAAACCCCACAGCGUCUCAUAUUUGACAAUCUCCUGCAGCCCCUUUUUGCCGUUCUGUGAAGGUAUAAAAAAUAAAAACUAGGCUGGGUCGCCUUCUUCUUCCUCA